AUGGACAUCGACGAUAGAGUAGCCGCUGCAAUGGAAGCACAAGCUGCAGGGUAUCAAUACCCUCCUUACCCGUACCGACGUUAUCCCGAACCCUAUCGUCAUACUCUUUCCAGAGAAGAAGACGUCAGCGCUCGAAGAGACCAAACGUUCCCACAGCCAGCGCCUGUAGGAGCUGGAGUUAGACCUCAAUGGCCACCUGCUGAAGCAGCUCAGGUCCAACCACCUGCGGGACGAAGUGAAGCUGAAAGACCAGAGGGUGGUGCUCGUCCAGAAUGGCAGCCUGCCGAAGCCGAUCGAGACAGAGUGCAGCCAGUCAGCCCACAUGUCCCCAGUCAUCGUUACCCCAGUGGAGCGGGUCAAGAGGUACCAGUGCGUCGCCCGGAGAGCGCUGAAACGACACCUGAGCCACAUACGACAAACCAGGUCCGCUUCCGUUAUGUUAAGCCGGCCGAUGUUGUUAGUGAUGGAUACGGUAGACUGUAUGAAGGACGUCCAGAGGCCAGACCUCACAGGCCUGUUGGAGAGGGAAUGGCCGAACACGGCCACCCUAGACCUCAUCACGAACAUCCACGCCCACAUCAUCCUCCUCAUCAUGUACCCCGAGAACAAUGGGAAGCGGAUCGUUCACGUCAAAUGGACCCUCGAGCUCAAGAAUAUCAACGACCCGAAGCAACAGCGGAGCAGAGAAGGGCUCAAUAUGAACAGAUUAUGAGAGCAGGAGAAGAGCUCAUCAUGAAAAGUACUUAA